ACCGGGCGGCGCCGCGGAGCGCGGUCGGGCGGGCUGGACGCGGGGUAACGGGGCGUGCCGAAUUGCCCGGGGGCGCGGUCACCCGGCCUUGUCCCCGCCCGGUCCUCCGGGCCGCGAGGCGGGGCUGUUCCCGCGGCGCUCCGGGGCGGGAGCACGUGGGUCCCGGUGCCGGCCUAGGGUGCCCGCUCCAUGUUCGCGGAGCAGGGCUGGAGCGAUGCAGCGGAGCCGCUGCCCCGCGGCGCCCCGGAGGGCCCGGGCCGAGCGCAGCCCCGGAAGAGACGGCUGCCCGGGACCGCUCGGGACGGCGAGGCGGCGCGGACGGCCCCGGAAGCGGAAGAAGGCCGGCGGGGCGCGGGCCGCGGCCGGGGAGCUCCCGGCCGGUCCCGACGGGCCCCGGGAGGCUGGGCAGCGGCCGGACACAGGCGGCCCGGCGGAGCAGUCCGGGAAGCCGGCGGGACUGAGCCGGCGGCAGCGGCGGAACCGGCAGAAGCGGCAGCAGGAGCCGCCGGCGGGGUCGGACGGGGAGCGGGGCUCCGGGCCGGGCCCCCCGGAGCCGCCGAGCCCCGCGGAGGCUGCCCCGGAGCCCCGCUCGGGCCGCUCGGCCGCGCUGCGCGCGCGGAUGGAGGAGCGGCUGCUCGGCGCCCGGUUCCGCUACCUGAACCAGCAGCUCUACACCGGCACCAGCCGCGACGCCGCGCGCCUCUUCCGCGCCGACCCCGCCGCCUUCCACCUCUACCACCGGGGCUUCGAGCGGCAGGUGCGGCGCUGGCCCGAGCGCCCGGUGCAGCGCAUCGUGCGCUACCUGCGCCGCCGCCCCGCGUCACUCGUGGUGGCGGAUUUCGGCUGCGGGGACUGCACGCUGGCCGCCAGCGUCAAGAACCAGGUGCACUGCUUCGACCUGGUGCCGCUGAGCCCGCGGGUCACCGUCUGCGACAUGGCCAAGGUGCCGCUGGCGGCUGAGUCGGUGGACGUGGCCGUGUUCUGCCUGGCGCUGAUGGGCACCAACCUGCAGGAGAUCCUGGGAGAGGCCAACCGGGUGCUCAAGCUCGGGGGGACCCUGCUGGUGGCCGAGGUGGCCAGCCGCUUCGAGGACAUCCGUGCCUUCCUGAAGGCCAUGGCGCAGCUGGGCUUCAAGACCGUCUCCAAGGACCUCUCCAGCUCCUAUUUCUACGUGUUGGAGUUCGCCAAGGCGGGCGCGGCGCGGCCGGGCCCCGCUGCCGGGCUGCGCCUGCGGCCGUGUCUGUACAAGCGCCGGUGACCGGGACGGGGCGGGGCCGGGGGCGGGGCCACGGCGGCUGGCUCCGCCCCCGCGCGCGAGCACCAAUAAAGCCGCUGCUUCCUCA